AUGAAAAGUAAAGGGUGUAACUGUAAAUUUGCAAGUCAAAGGCUUUCGAUCAUUCUUGAUUUUCGCCACAAAAAGUCAAAAGACAUGGCUGGUGGAAAGGGAGACAAGCCUGCUAAUGCCAACAAAUCUAAUGCAGCUGCGCAGUCUAGUAAGGGAAGGAAGAAGGAGACUGGUCUAGGUCUUACCAAUACUAAAGAUGGAAACUUUGGGGAAUGGUAUUCUGAGGUUGUUACAAAUGGUGAAAUGAUAGAAUACUAUGAAAUCUCUGGCUGUUAUAUCCUCCGCCCAUGGACAAUGUCCAUUUGGGAGAUAAUGCAAACAUACUUUGAUGCAGAAAUUAAAAAGAUGAAGAUUAAAACUUGCUACUUUCCACUUUUUGUAUCUAAUACUGUUCUACAAAAGGAGAAGGAUCACAUCGAGGGGUUUGCUCCUGAGGUUGCAUGGGUGACAAGAUCUGGGGACUCUGAAUUAGAAGUUCCAAUUGCAAUUCGCCCUACUAGUGAAACUGUGAUGUAUCCCUACUUUUCUAAAUGGAUAAGAGGACACCGUGAUUUACCUCUGAAACUUAAUCAAUGGUGUAAUGUUGUUCGUUGGGAGUUUAGUAAUCCAACUCCUUUUAUCAGGAGUCGUGAGUUUCUUUGGCAAGAAGGACACACUGCUUUUGCAACAAAGGAAGAAGCAGACACUGAGGUUCUUGAGAUUCUUGAACUAUACAGACGUCUAUAUGAGGAAUACUUAGCUGUUCCUGUUGUGAAAGGGAAGAAAAGUGAAAUGGAGAAGUUUGCUGGUGGACUUUACACAACAAGUGUUGAGGCAUUCAUUCCAAACACAGGACGUGGUGUACAAGGUGCAACCUCCCACUGUUUAGGACAAAAUUUUGCAAAAAUGUUUGAGAUUAACUUUGAGGAUGAAAAGGGAGAAAAAGCUAUGGUGUGGCAAAACUCAUGGGCUUACAGUACACGCACGAUAGGGGUGAUGGUGAUGGUUCAUGGUGAUGAUAAAGGCCUGGUGUUGCCUCCUAAAGUUGCAGCUGUUCAAGUUAUUGUAGUCAAUGUGCCUUAUAAAGAUGCAGACACUGAAAAAAUAAAAGAUGCAUGUUUGGACACUGUGAAAACUCUAAGUGAUUUAGGUAUUCGUGCUGAAGCUGAUUUAAGAGAAAACUAUUCCCCUGGUUGGAAGUAUUCUCAUUGGGAAAUGAAAGGUGUUCCUCUGAGGAUUGAAAUUGGACCUAGAGAUGUCACCAAUAAACAGGUGCGUGUUGUUAGGCGUGACAAUGGAGAGAAAAUUGAUAUUCCAAUGGCGGAUUUGGUGAAAGUGAAGGAGUUGUUGGAUGAUGUACAACAAAGCAUGUUUAAUGUUGCUAAACAAAAACGUGAUGCGUGUGUUGAAGUGACAAAAACAUGGGAUGAGUUUAUUAAAGCUUUAGGUCAAAAGAAAUUGAUUUUGGCUCCAUGGUGUGAUGAAGAGGAAGUGGAGAAGGAUGUGAAAACAAAGACAAAAGGAGAGACAGGAGCGGCCAAGACACUUUGCUCUCCAUUUGAACAGCCUGAACUGCCCGAAGGUACCUUGUGCUUUGCAUCUGGGAAACCUGCCAAGAAAUGGACAUACUGGGGCCGAAGCUAUUAACAAAAUUUAAAAUUUGGUUUUGUGGUUUAUGUUUACUAUAUGGAAGCUUUGAGGAGUUAAUCGUGUUUUUUUUAAGUGUUUGAAAUAUUGGAACAAAUGUUAGUACUGUUUUUGGAAGAAAAAAAACAUGUUUGGUACACUACUGGCUAAUUAACUCGAUGACUUUAAUAUAGUUAACAUAACAAUAAUUUUGACGUA